GACCUCUCCAAAACGAUCUCAUACCAACGGCAUUCACUGUUUGUAGAGGAACGUAAAUACUGGGGCGAACUCGCGAAGCAGAGGAAGAAAGAGCACGAGGAGAUAGAUGAAUACCCAUGGUACGUCUAUCGGUUGUUGUGGUUUGCUAAGGUAGUGAUAGUUUUGUUUCUGUUAUAA